AUGCAAAUAUCGAUUAAUAAACUACGUUCGAAUGAAUCAUUACGUCGUGCAACACUUGUUCGUGGUGCAUUUUGGCGUGCUCGGGAACAUUACUGUGAUUUAAUUCACGAAUUAGUUAAAAUUGUACAUACGACAGCAGCAACAACAACAACAACAACAACAAAUAUGAAUAAUAACGUAUUAAUGGAUUGUGAGGAAGAGGUGGAUGUCAAAUCUGAUAAUAUUAAUAAUAAUGAUGAAUCAGAACCGGUGAUGUCCGAAACGUUUUGUAAUAGUGACAACAUAAGCUCUCUAUCAUCAGGAAGUGAUACAGAUAUUAUUGUACCGGUGAUUACUGAACCACAAGAACAACAACACAAUCCAACACUGAAAACAUUAAGGAGCUAUUUAAAACGAAAACAAUUUGGUGGCUGCUAUUCUGAUGUUAAACGUUUAAGAUUAUCGACAAAUACCAUUCAUCAAGAAGAACCAUGUAUUACUUAA